AGUCCAGGGCCAGCUGGUGGGGGCGGUCGAGCUAGAGAGGAAACUGGGAGGCCAAGGUCACCCUGUACUGGGACCUGGGGUUUCUAGUUGGUGCCUCUCAUCCUCGGAGCUUCCAGACUCCUUCUUCACUGGGAUUUGGGAAAGAAGUCAGGGAAGAGGUUGAAACAGCUGGAGACCAUGGCUUCACUCUGACCUCCGCCUCUGCAGCCACCUGCUCGCUGUCCCCAUCCCCUCUGGCCUCUCGAGGCCCCCGCUUCUGCCUGUGUUGUGAUCCCCCCCAGCCGCCGGCACGGCCCCACCUCCGCUGCCCCGGUGGUGGCCCACGGCCCCCCGGCUACCUGUGGUCAAACUGGAGUCAUUGAAACGUUGGAAUGAAGAGAGGGGUUUGUGGUGCGAAAAGGGCGUUCAGGUACUGCUGACCACCGUAGGCGCGUUUGCGGCCUUUGGACUCAUGACCAUCGCCAUCAGCACUGACUACUGGCUCUACACACGAGCUCUCAUCUGCAACACCACCAACCUCACGGCAGGUGAUGAUGGACCACCCCACCGUGGGGGCAGCGGCUCCUCGGAGAAGAAGGACCCUGGGGGCCUUACACACUCAGGCCUCUGGCGGAUAUGCUGCCUGGAAGGGUUGAAAAGAGGUGUCUGCGUGAAGAUCAACCACUUUCCGGAGGACACGGAUUACGACCAUGACAGCGCGGAGUACCUGCUCCGAGUGGUCCGGGCCUCCAGCAUCUUCCCGAUCUUGAGCGCCAUCCUGCUGCUGCUCGGGGGCGUGUGCGUAGCUGCCUCCCGCGUCUACAAAUCCAAAAGGAACAUCAUCCUGGGCGCGGGGAUCCUGUUCGUGGCAGCAGGCCUGAGCAACAUCAUCGGGGUGAUCGUGUACAUAUCGGCCAACGCGGGCGAGCCGGGCCCCAAGAGGGACGAGGAGAAGAAAAACCACUACUCGUACGGCUGGUCCUUCUACUUUGGCGGGUUGUCCUUCAUCCUGGCCGAGGUGAUCGGCGUGCUGGCCGUCAAUAUCUACAUCGAGCGCAGCCGCGAGGCGCACUGCCAAUCUCGCUCGGACCUGCUCAAGGCCGGCGGCGGCGCGGGCGGCAGUGGCGGGAGCGGCCCCUCGGCCAUCCUCCGUCUGCCCAGUUACCGCUUCCGCUACCGCCGCCGCUCCCGCUCCAGCUCCCGAGGCUCCAGCGAGGCAUCGCCGUCGCGGGACGCGUCUCCCGGGGCCCCCGGGGGUUCGGGGUUUGGCUUCCCGGACCAUCUCCUCGCGCUGGACACCGCUGGGCCUUCCAGCCCCUCCCCGCGCCCCUGCACACCCUCUACCCCCGACACGCUCUGA